AUGCCACGUCCUAGAAGAUCUAAUCUUUCCCAACGAAGCCGUACUGCAAUUAGGCAACGGAACAUCGCGAGUCAAUUAUCUGAUGAAGAACGAGACAUUGCACGAGAAGAGCGCCGCGUUAGUAUGGAGCGAAGAAGGGCUUUAAUUCGUGCCACUCAAACACAAGAGGAAAGAGAGGCAGCCCGUGAAACGGCUAGGUUAGAAACGAGAAAUCGUCGAGCUUAUCGUACAGAUCAACAGAGGGAUAAUCUUCGACGUGCAAGAAGAAAUGGUUCAAGCGUUGAUUUGAAUCGAGCAGCGUUUCUAUAUGAUUGCACCAUCGACUACAGCUUGCAUCGUUUAGUUUGCGUUGGUCCAAUGGACGUUGUUUGCCAGCAUUGUGGCGCAUUGAAGUUUGCUGGUGAAACGCCUGGUUUGUGCUGCGUUAGUGGUAAAGUGGUAAACCAAUAA